CCUCCCGCCCUCCGCCGCUCCAUGUGUUAUGCUCACGCUUUCUGCUCAGCUCACUCCCUUGGGGCUGGGGGGCCGGCGUGUUGGCUUCUUCAUGUUACACCUACCGGCUGGGGAGGAAAAAAGGGAGGUACGUCAGGAGCCGAGAAGCAGCAGUGGGCGCGUCGACCGCCCCUGAUUAAUUUGGUACCGGUGAACAAUCCAUAACUUGCAAGCAGGAGCAGUUGGGGGCGGGGAGGAGGCAUAAAACGCGAAGGCGGCGGAGGAAGGCUGUAGGGUUUAUUUUGUUGAGUAGAAAAUCCACGCUUGCAUCUUGGAGUCCGGCGGAGCCCGAGGAAAUCCGCUGGCUCCGGAGGAAUGGCGAAGCGAGAACACGUGAACUAAACGGAGAGCUCUUCUUGACAUCCAGUCACGGCGGCGGUCUUUCCUGUCAGAGGCGAGAUGAUUCCUCCGGGCAACGCGACUGAAGUCACCCUUGAGAGGGUGGAGAAGGAGAACGACGGUCAGCCCCCCUCUCCUGCCUCCACCACCAGCCAGGAAUCAAAGCUCCAGAAAUUGAAACGAUCGCUUUCUUUCAAGACCAAAAGUUUGCGGAGUAAAAGCGCAGACAACUUUUUUCAACGGACAAAUAGUGACAUGAAGUUGCAAGUAGAUUUGCUAUCGGAAAUCAGCUCUAGAACGGGACAGCUCCCUAAUUCUGAAAGUCGAAACUCCACUCCAACCAAAACCCACCUCCAACCAGAAGACAAGACUCAUAUUUUCCAGGAACACAUCUUCAAAAAACCCACUUUUUGUGACAUCUGCAACCAUAUGAUCGUUGGGACAAAUGCUAAACAUGGAUUACGCUGUAAGGCAUGCAAGCUGAGCAUUCACCACAAAUGUGCAGAGAGCACUGGACAGCAACAGUGUAUGGGCAAACUGCCCAAAGGUUUUCGCCGUUAUUACAGCUCUCCCCUCCUCAUUCAUGAACAGUUUGGCUGCAUCAAGGAAGUGAUGCCAAUUGCCUGUGGCAAUAAAGUUGACCCUGUGUAUGAAACCCUUCGCUUUGGAACUUCCUUGGCCCAGAAAACCAAGAAAGGCAGUACUGGGAGUAGCUCGGACUCACCAAAAAGGAAUUCUACAUCAGAUUUGGCAGAAGUUCCUGAGGAAAGAGGCAGUCCGGGAAAUAUGUUUGACAUAAACAGACAACGCAGCAAUAGUGUAUUUACAUACUCAGUAAAUGGUACGUCAGACUUUGGAGAAGAACCAAAGAAAAUAAACUCGGUACUACAGGGAUCUCUUAAUAAAGAUACGGUACAGAUGAAUACCUAUGUUGCCUUGUACAAAUUUGUACCACAAGAGCAUGAAGAUUUAGAAAUGAGGCCAGGAGAUAGAGUUACACUACUAGAAGAUUCAAAUGAAGAUUGGUGGAAGGGGAAAAUAGAAGACCGAAUUGGUUUUUUUCCUGCUAAUUUCGUUCAAAGAUUACAAGAUGAAAAAGUUUUCAAAUGUAUCAGAACAUUCAUUGGAUGCAAGGAACAAGGACAGAUAACCCUAAAAGAGAACCAUAUCUGUAUAACUUCAGAAAAGGAACACGACGGGUUUAUCAAAGUAUGCAGUGGGAAGAAAAAGGGCCUUGUCCCAGUAGAUGUCUUGGAAAACAUCUGAGACUUGCCUGCUCAGCAACUGCAAUAGGGAAGCUUUGCCAGCAAGACAGUCUGCUUCAUUUUGCACUGUGUCUACCCAAACAAGCUGUCCUGAGGAUGACCAGGGAAAUCACAGAACAAUUUCAAAGAUCAACUGUUAUCAAGCACUUAAGCGGUUUUGAAGCAACAAACAGUAGUUGAUCAAUAACAAACUGUAUUAUUAGAGAAAGAACCAAAUAAAGGUGGUGUGAGUCUUAAGGGAGGGGUGGGCUGUUUUUCUAAAAAAACAAGAAAAAAAUUAAACUGGAUUUCUUUUUUCCUGAGCAAGGCUGCUAACUGUUACCCCUUUGGCAACAGGCAACUGAUCUGUAAGAUUAAGUUUUUAUCUUGUUCAGAUGUCUUGAGAAAACUGUUAGAAACCUUUAGUUGAUGUUGUUUGAAGUG